AUGUCUUCUUCCAACUACUUGUUAGCUCUACUUCUUGGGUUACUCUCCGUGGUUCUCACCAAGCCCGUUGUUGGUGAUUACAUCCUCAAUCCUCAACCUCCCCAUCCACCAUUCAUUCCUAUUUACGAACCACCAAAACCUCCGGUAUUUCCUAUUUACGAACCACCAAAUCCUCCAAUACUUCCAAUUUACGAGCCACCUAAACCUCCCGUUGCUCCAAUUUACAAGCCACCCAAGCCGCCAGUGAGUCCAAUUUACAAGCCACCUAAACCUCCAGUUGCUCCAAUUUACAAGCCACCCAAGCCACCAGUGGGUCCAAUUUACAAGCCACCUAAACCUCCCAUUGCUCCAAUUCACAAGCCACCUAAGCCGCCAAAGCCGCCGGUGGGUCCAAUUUACAAGCCACCGAAGCCUCCGGUAGUUCCAAUUUACAAGCCACCCAAGCCACCAGUGAGUCCAAUUUACAAGCCACCUAAACCUCCCGUUGCUCCAAUUCACAAGCCACCGAAGCCUCCGGUAGUUCCAAUUUACAAGCCACCUCAACCUUCACUGGGUCCAAUUUACAAGCCACCCAAGCCGCCAGUGGGUCCAAUUUACAAGCCACCAAAGCCUCCGGUAGUUCCAAUUUGUAAGCCACCUAAACCUCCAGUUGCUCCAAUUUACAAGCCACCCAAGCCACCAGUGGGUCCAAUUUACAAACCACCAAAGCCUCCGACUGUUCCAAUUUACAAGCCACCUAAACCUCCGGUUGCUCCAAUUUACAAGCCACCUAAACCACCAAAGUCGCCAGUGGGUCCAAUUCACAAACCACCAAAGCCACCGAUGGUUCCAAUAUACAAGCCACCUAAACCUCCAGUAGUUCCAAUUUACAAGCCACCAAAGCCUCCAGUAGCUCCAAUUUACAAGCCUCCAAAGCCUCCAAUGGCUCCCGUUUACAAGCCACCAAAGCCUCCAGUUGUUCCAAUUUACAAGCCACCCGAACAACCAGUAGGUCCAAUUUAUGAACCUCCAAAACAUCCAGGAGAUCCCAUACACAAACCGCCAGUGCCAAUUGACAAACCAUCUCUACCGCCACCAUACUCUUACAAUCCUCCGUACAAUCCGCCACCAUCCAACUGA